AUUUACCAUGAAGUCGUUGAGGAAAAGGCAUGUCCAAAUAAUCAUUGUUUUGAUCUAUUGGUAUUGCUGCUUAUGCUUAGCCAACAACGAAUCUGGGGAAAGUAAAAAAGGCACAAAAGACGAAAAAUGGAAAAAGAAAGACAUAAGAGACUACACGGAGGCGGACUUGGAAAGGCUUUACGACCAGUGGGAGGAGGACGAUGAGCCUCUAGAAGAGGAUGAGCUGCCAGAGUACAAGCGCCCACCUCCACAAGUGGAUAUGGGCAAGCUGGACGCAGAUGACCCAGAUGGAUUGCUGAGAAUGACUAAGAAGGGGAGAACACUCAUGAUGUUUGCAACAGUCUCAGGCAACCCCACAGAGAAAGAAACAGAGCAGAUAACUGGGCUGUGGCAGUCCAGUCUGUUCAAUGCUCAUUUAGAAACUCAGAGGUAUGUAGUAGGAAGUAACAGGGUGCUGUUUAUGUUAAAGGAUGGUGCUAUGUCCAUUGAUGUGAAGAAUUUUCUGGUCUCACAGGACAGGUGUGAGGAGGUCACCAUAGAGGGCAAGAACUACCCAGGGAAAGGUGCCACUCAGGACAGUGUGGGAGGAAACACUGUGAAAGAUGACCAGAAGAAAACAGAUGAUGUAAACAAGGUGAAGAAAAUCAAAAAUAAGGGCAAAAAUGACAUGAAGGAUAAGAAGAAAAACAAAAGUAAAGACAAAGACACCAAAGGGAAAGAUGAAUUAUGAUGAAUUCUGGCAGUAUACUUGUUGACAGGUAAAAUGAGCAAAAUUUCUGGGUAGUGUUUCUAGCAAUAUUGUUAUUUGUUGGGUAUAUUAGAGUAUAUUAAAGAAAGGAACUUUUUUAUAUUUGUUAAUUGUUAUGGUAAUUCUGUAAAAUGAAAAAGUAUGGCAGAAUGAAAAGGGAUCUCGCUAUGAAAGCUGUUCAAAUUGGCACUGAUAUUAUCUUUGGUAAGACACAGUGACCUUUUCAGGAUAAACUUUUUUAUAGUGUUGAAAUACAUAUACUGGCAAAAGCCAGUUGAAUUAUUCUAUAGUGUACAGAAGGAUGCAUUUGUACAAAGUCAAGUGAAAGAGGCAGUUGAGGAAUGGUUUAAGUUUGUAUUGUUUAAUUUAGAAACCCAAAUGAAGAAUGUCAAAUCUGUAAAUAUUAUUUACGUAAGUCUUUUUAAUACAGAGACAAUUAUAGUCUUUUCUAUGAGUUUUUGUUAAUAAAAGAAAAUAUUUUGACCUUAA